AUGCGCAGAGAGCAAUGGUGGGUUCUUGUGCUGGGUUGGUUGAACAGUGAGAAAGGGGAACUAGAGCUUUGGGACAAGUUGUUGAACACAGGGAAGGUCAGUGUAACUCCUGGAUCAUGUUGCCAUUGUAUUGAACUUGGAUGGUUCAGAUUCUGUUUUGCUAGCUUGACUGAGAGAGAGAUUCCUGCUGUUCUCGAGAGAAUAUGA